AUGGAAGAUGGGCAUUCGAUUUCAAGGCUUCCAUUAUUGAAAGGUGUUAGCAAUUAUGCUUUUUGGAAGGCAAGAAUGAUGGCGUUCAUAAAGUCACUAGAUGAGGAAUGUUGGGGUUCUAUAGAAAAUGGUUGGAACCCACCGACUAUCACUGAACAAAAUGAGAUAAAGAAAAAACCAGUGAUCAGUUCGACAUUUGAGGAGAAAAAGUUGUCAUCAGCAAACAAUAGAGCCUUGAACGCAAUUCAUAGUGCCAUGAGUUCAGACUACUUUAUGCUUAUAUCCGCCACAGAUCGGGCAAAGGAUGCAUGGGACGCACUAGAAACUCAUUUUGAAGGUACUGGAUCUGUGAAAGUAUCCAAAAUACAGAUGCUCAUAUCCCAAUAUGAGAGUCUACAAAUGGAGAAAAUAGAAACUGUCUCAGAGUUCAGUGCUCGUGUCAAAAGCCUUGCAAAUAAUGCUUUCAACCUAAGGGAACCAUUUGAUGAAGAAAGGAUGGUUUGUAAGGUGUUGCGGUCUCUACCUCCAAAGUUUAAAAUGCAAGCGAUUGCUAUUAAACAAUCCACAGACUUGAAAACACUCACACUAGAUGCGUUGAUGGGCAAUCUACAAACCUUUGAGAUGGAGUUAGACGAGGAAGACAAGUAUUCGAAGAAAAACAAGGGAGUAGCUUUUGAUCAAGAAGAACCAGAGCUCAAGGAAGUGUCAUAUCGUGAGGAUGACUCUCAAUCAGAAGAUGAAGAUGAUCUUGCAAAAGCAUACGAAGAACUGUGCAUAAGUUGGUGUAAGAUACUUGAAAACGAGAUAGGAACAAAAGAUUCCAGUGAAAUGUCUUUACUGAAGGAACUGGAGCACUUGAGGAAACAAGUCUGGAUGCUGAACACGGGUACCAACAAGUUAGAUGAGAUACUAAGAACAAAUGGACAAUCUUUGACCAAAAUGGGGUUGGGGUGCAACAAACGAGGGCAUGGUUGGAAGUGGUGUAAAGAACCAGAGCUGAAACUGAAAAAAGUGUGGAGACCCAAGAUCACAUGUAUGGCAACAAAAAUAUCAAUGUCAGCCAGCAUGUCAUCAACAUGGUACUUCGACAACGGGUGCUCUAGACACAUGACUGGACACAAAGGGUAUCUGACAAAUGUAACAUAUGCACAUGCUGGUCAAGUCACUUUCGGUGACGGAGAAAAAGGAGAAAUCAUUGGACGAGAAACGCUUGACACAGAAGGGAUUAGAACAGCUGAUAAUUGUUAUAUGAUCAAAUCUGUGCUCAUGUGCAAUAGUGUCACAACCAAUGAAUGCACAAAUUGGCAUUACAAACUUGGACACUUAAAUUAUCAUGACAUGGAACAGUUAGUUAAGGCUAGAUCAGUCAGAGGACUUCCAAACCUCACAAUCACGGAGAAACCUCGAUUGUGUGGACCAUGUCAAGAAGGCAAGCAAACCAGAGUGCAUCAUAAAAGAUUACAAAGAGAAAAGGAGACACAGAUUGUGAAAAUCAUAAGGAUAAAAAGUGACCACGGUAAGGAGUUUGAAAGCAAUGCUUUUAGCAACUUCUGUGACAAAACUGGCAUAGAACAUGAAUUUUCUACUCCUAAAACACCACAACAAAACGGGGUAGUGGAAAGAAAAAAAAAAAGAACUCUACAGGAAAUGGCAAGAGUAAUGUUACUCACCAAAAAUAUCUCUCAGAGAUUCUGGGCUGAAGCAUUGAGUACAACAUGCCACAUCACAAACAGGGAACAAAGAGGCAAUUUUGAUGCUAAAAGCGACGAAGGAAUUUUCUUAGGAUACUCAACACAAAGCAAAGCCUAUAGAGUAUUUAACAAGAGAACCAAAUCCAUCGUGGAAUCAACAAACGUGGUAGUUGAUGAUCAUGUGAGCCAAAAACGUGAUGACGAAGAUGAAGAAGCACAAGAAAAGACAACAUGUUUGAGAGAAACAUCAAAAAAGGGAGAAGAAAAUGCACCGUCAACCGAAAAUAUGGAACACAAAGAAAGCUCAGACAUAAUUCCAUCCACAAGAAUUCAGAAAAAUCACCCAAUUGACAAUGUGAUUGGAGAAAUCACAUCAGGGGUUAGAAUAAGUGGCAAAGAGAAGAAAAACUAUCGUGAGCUGAUAGGUUACUCGUGCUACAUCUCAAUAAUAGAACCAAAAAAUGUGUGUGAAACCCUUAAAGAUGAGUGUUGGAUACAUGCCAUGCAAGAGGAACUACUCCAAUUUAAAAGAAAUGAGAUGGAAGGCAUUGAUUUCGAAGAAAAAUUUGCACCAGUAGCAAGAUUGGAAUCUAUCAGACUUCUCAUCUCCGUCGCAUGUUCACUAGGGUUCAUAUUACAACAAAUGGAUGUAAAGACAGGGUUUCUAAAUGGAUAUCUCAAAGGAGAAGAAUAUGUUGCACAACCUAAAGGGCUUACUGAGUACCUAAUCAAGAAAGGAUAUACAAGGGGAAGUGUUGAUAAGACACUGUUCAUCAAAAGGUAUAACUCUGAUCUUAUAAUUGCUCAAGUUUAUGUUGAUGAUAUUGUGUUUGGAUCAACAUCUGCAAGUCGUGCUAACAAUUUUGUGAAUCUCAUGCAAGAAGAAUUUGAAAUGAGCAUGGUAGGUGACCUGGCCUACUUUCUAGGGCUACAGAUCAAACAAACUUUUGAAGAGAGAAAACAACCAAAGUCAUCUGGAAAGGAAACCUCCACUACUACCAAGGACAAGAUCACAACUGGUUCAAUCUCUCAAACCUUUGAUCCGUCUGAGUACAACUCAGAACCCAUAUACGAUGCUGUUGAAAACUAUGUAAGCAAUCCCUCCACAAACAAUGAAGAAGAUGAUAUCCCAAACAGUUUGAACAAAUGCACUGUCAAACGGAGACUCAACUUCAACAUUGUUAUUAACAAUGAAGGUACUACGCAGUCAUCCUUUCCCAGGGAUAAUCCACCAGAUGUGCAUGUUGCCAAAGCCGAAGGACAACGACUAACUAUCCUUGUCUAUCCUCACCGAAUGACUCGUUCACCAAAUAUAAAUGAUGACUACAAAGAGGAUUUAGACAUUGUUGCAUAUGAAUUGACUGGUGGGAUCAAGAAUUUAUGGACAACAAAAGAUACUGUGCAAUCAGCCAUUCUCACUCCAACAUAUGCAUUGUUGCAUAAAGUUGCCUUGCACCAACAAAGCACAAAUGCUAUGUCAAGGAGUCAUUAG